AUGAAGCUACUCUGCGAUGUUUGCGGCGCCGACGAGGCCGCCUUGUUGUGCUGCGCCGACGAAGCUGCCCUCUGCUACUGCUGCGACCGCCGGGUCCACCGUGCAACCAAGCUUGCCGGCAAACACCCCCGCUUCUCCCUCCUCCCCUACACUCAAACACACCCUCUCUGCGAUAUUUGUCAGGAAAAGCGGGGGAUUGUGUUCUGCACGGAGGAUAGAGCCAUACUCUGCCACGAAUGCGACUCUCCCAUUCACGCCGCAAAUGGCCUUACAAUGAAGCACAGCCGUUUCAUCCUCACAGGCAUUGGCCUCUCCUCCGCCUCUAUUACAGCAUCCUCGCAUUCGUCAGAGCAAAGCAUCAAUAAAAAGAAAGUCUCCCACUCCCAGCUUUUCUCGUCGCCCACGGUUGAGUGCAGCAGUACCAGUAGCAUCUCCGAUUACCUGAUUAAAAUGCUGCCUGGCUAUCAGGUUGAGGAGUUUCUACUCGAUGACUCCAUGAAUUACACUGCCGGCGAUGUCUUCUAUCAGAGUGACGCGUUGGCGCCUUCAGUGGAGGCAAAUCUUGCUGCCGGCAAUAUCGGAGCUGCACACAACUCUCCUUGGCCUAUUGUUCCCGAUGCAACACUGCAUAUUCAUCAUGCAACGUUAAUCAUCUCAGCCACUGCCGUUGCCGCCGGUGCCAAUGUUGUUAACGAGUCAUCGAACAUGAAAACGAUCGGAGCAUAUAACCUCCUCGCUUAUCCAGCGGUAACUACCGUGCAAGUCUUUGCAAAGAGCCGUGGACUCCUGAGGAAGUGUUCGCUGUGCCUCAGCUUGCCUGGGAGCAAUAAAAGGCCAUGCAGGGCAUCAGCAUGGAAUUUCUAA